CCCAAAAUGAAUUUCGACCAGAUCCUCUCUGCCAUCGGAGGCUUCGGCAGAUAUCAGAAAAUAUUGUACGUAUGGAUUUGUUUGCCCCAGAUCCUCCUCGCCUUCCACAUGAUGGUGAGCAUCUUUACCGGGGCCACGCCACCGCAUCACUGCCGCGACAACUCGAGCUCGGUAGCCGGGGACCAGUCCUUCCUCCCCGCUGAGCUCAGCCUGAACUUGAGCCUCUCGGACUCCUUCUGCUUCCCCGCCGAUGUCCUGCUGCGGGGCAACCGGACGGAGCGCGUCCCGUGUGGCCACGGAUGGGUGUACAGCAAGGAGACUUUCCAGAGCACCACGGUCACCGAGUGGGAUCUGGUGUGCGACAAAGCUGGACUGAACAGUUUUGGUUCAUCCACCUACAUGUUUGGCCUGUUGGUGGGAUCUUUGGUGUUUGGAGCCAUGGCUGACAGGUACGGCCGACGUUUCGUCCUGCUGCUGUCCAUCGCUCUUCAGACUGUGUUUGGAGUCGCUGUGGCCUUUGCACCCAACUACCCUGUCUAUGUGAUUCUUCGCUUUGUAGUUGGAACCACAAUAUCGGGAGUCAUCAUCAAUGCUUUUGUACUUGGCACUGAGUGGACAUGCACUAAGAGACGCAUGCUGGCUGGUAUCAUCACGGACUAUGCCUUUGGCCUGGGCUACAUGCUGCUAGCAGGUGUAGCAUAUCUGAUACGAGAUUGGAGAAAGUUGCAACUGGCUAUAUCAGCCCCAGGCUUCCUGCUCAUCUUCUAUAUAUGGGUUCUCCCUCAGUCUGCCAGAUGGUUGUUGGCCAAUGACAGGAGAGAGGAAGCCAUCGCACUCCUCCGCAAGGCGGCACUUGUUAAUGGCCGGGUUUUACCUCCCGCUGCACAGGUAGAGAAGUGUGAGAUUUUAGGUGGAGGGAAGCGAAGUCACUCGGCAGUGGAUCUCGUACGAACACCUCAGAUGAGGAAGAGGGCUAUCAUCUUGUUCUACAUCUGGUUUGUGAACGUUCUGGUGUACUACGGCCUCUCAUUAGGUGUGUCCAGGUUAGGGACAAACCUCUAUCUGACCCAGUUUGUGUUUGGGUUGGUUGAGAUCCCCGCUCGUUCUCUGGUCCUACUCGUCCUGCCCUGCAGCCGCCGACUCUCCCAGAGCGGCUUCCUGGCUGUUGGAGGACUCGCCUGUCUGCUAAUGCUCGCUGUCCCUGCAGAUCAUCCCAAUGUCGUCACUGGUCUCGCCAUGGUGGGGAAGUUUGGUAUAACCGCUUCCUUUGCUGUAAUUUAUGUGUACACUGCUGAGAUAUUCCCCACUGUGCUACGGCAAACAGGCAUUGGUGUAUCAAGUAUGUUUGCGAGGAUGGGUGGUGUGUUAGCACCCAUCAUCAACAUGCUUCAUAAUCACAGCCCUGCUACGCCUCUGGUCAUCUUCGGUACCUUCCCGCUGCUCGGUGCUGUCCUGGCCCUGGCACUGCCGGAAACUGCCGACAGACCUCUUCCUGACACAGUGGAGGAUGCAGAGAACUGGGACGUGAGGUCACCUCCGAACAAGGAUAACCCUGAGAUGUGCGAGGAUAUUAGCCAAUCAGCUAGCAGCACAGAGGAACAGGAGCUACAGCAUCUGGCAAGCAAGGCCUAACUGUAUUUACAUAUGCCAUUAUUCACACAUUAUAUGGCCUCAACUUUGAUACCAGAUACAGUACUUAUAACAUUCUCUAUGCAACAGCGGGUCAGGAUCUGAUUUAGAACGCUAUGCAACAGAGCCAAACACGUCAUCCCCCAAACUAGCAUGCAGGUGCAUGCACACGUGCACAAAGCAGGCAUUCAGUUCUGCUGCUGAAGCAAAUCAACAGACUACUGUUUUACCAAAUGCAAGUUAACACGUUUCAGUCAGGAAUAGUCCUGGUUUGCAGUCUUGUGCAUUCCUCAGAUGUUAACACUUUUAUUUUUGAGAACUGGUUUGAUAUAUCUUAGUUAUGUGGGGAGACAAAAUAAAUAGUUCCGCUAAAGACUUUGCAGACCCACAGAUUGCAUAUUUGUAUAAUGCAUAUUUACACAUCUAAAGGCUCAGCUCAAACUUCUAAACAGGCUGAUCUAAAGAAUCAGAUUGGGCAAGAAGAGUUUAGCAGACUGCCACUUCUUCUCUAAUGCAGUACACAUACAGUAGUCCCGGUGAGCAGCUAUUUUUAGGAAUCUGUAUUUUUCAGACUGAAGGACUUACAUUGCAUUUCACGAAAGCACCUAAAUAUUUUUGUAUAAAAGUCUGUGGACUGUGGAAUAACUUUGUUGUAUCUUAAUACUGUAUCAAACAAGCAACUGCCUCGUUUUCUAUUUUAUGUUCUCAAGCCAAGUGGAAUAAAACUAGUCAGGUUGAGAUUGCAUGCACCAGUUACCGUCAUUACACCUAGUGUAGCGUUUUGUUCAGACUGCUGUAGCUCAUUUGUAGUUUUGUAUAAAAACUGGGAUGUGACUGAUCGCCAUGUGAAGAGAUAUUUGAUUUUAUCAUUUUUUGUAGGUUUGUUUUCAUUGAAUUAUGUUCUGAUGUAACUUAGUUGCCAUGAUGUUUUAGAUCUGGGGAAUAUCUAUGGCAUUUUUAAAGUGUUUGAAGGGCUCUUAUUGUGUACAUGAAUUAGUUAGACAUUUAAAAAAAAAAACCCAGCAUGGAUCAGAAUAACAGGUCGUGUAGUAUUCUAUAUUACUCAGGAAAUGGGAUUUUAUUCAGUGACUAUUAUUCCUAUAGCAAAGAAAUUUGAGGCCAGUAUGAUUUGGAAAGCACAAAGCUGUGUGGAGGGG